UGAUUAGUCUGCUACCAGUGCCUGCGGCGCUGUACCCGUCCGCGGCGAUAGCUGAUUUUGCCAAUGCCGAGGGUCAAUCGAAACAAUUUAUAUACCCCAAGAGCUUCUGGGGGAACUAGGAAGGGCUCCAAAAGCAACAUCCACCGACUUACUCUGAGUAUUUGUCGGGUACAUAGCUUCAGGUAUAUUUCUACCAGUGACAACUUCCUCUCCUCUUGACUUCGAGUCGUCGCUCCUGUCCCUCCCUUCGCGAUCCGCCGAGUACGUCCACCCACAUCAAUGGCCACCAUGGCUUCCCCAGAAGAAGCAGUCCUCUACAGGCAGCAAGGCCGCAUCGCCAUCAUCACCCUCAACCAACCCAAGAAACUCAAUGCCAUGACCCAACUCUACUACUACCGCAUUUCCUGCCUGCUCCGAGACAUUGCUGAGAAUCCCGACAUCAGCGUGACGGUGAUCACAGGCUCAGGCCGGUUCUUCUCGGCGGGUGCAAACGUCACUUCCACCAGACCGGGCGUAGGACCGGGCUUGGACAAAGACGCUGCACGGAACGAUAUCUUGAAGGGGUUUGUGAGCAACAACUUGGACAUUACACGCUCUUUCUAUACGCACCCGAAGAUCCUGAUCGCAGCGCUAAAUGGGCCUACGGUUGGGCUUUCCGCUGCCCUGCUCGGCUUCUGCGACUUCAUCUAUGCGGCCCCGCAUACCUUUCUGUUGACGCCUUUCUCCUCACUCGGACUGGUCGCAGAGGGCGGUGCGAGCGUUGGGCUCGUGCAGCGCAUGGGUCUGACAAAGGCCAACGAAGCACUCAUCAUGUCCCGCAAGAUCCCAUGUGACGAGCUCGUGGCAUGCGGCUUCGUGAACAAGGUCUUCUCUGGUAAAGAUCAGAACGACUCCGAGGGGUUCCUGAAACAGGUAUUGGCCGAAAUCGACGACAAGUUGGGCGACCAUCUGAACCAGGAGUCCAUCUUGAAAAUCAAGGAGUUAAUCAGACGGCCAUUCUUGGAAGGCCUCGAGGCACAAGGAGUGAGGGAGGUGAUGGAGGGAAUGCAGAGGUUUGUCAAAGGAGCGCCGCAGGAGGAAUUCAAGAAGAUUGCUAGUGGACAGAAGAGACACAAGUUGUAAAUAUACUGGGCGGAGCCAAAACAACGCAGAGAUUGCAGAGUGGUUGAGGAUUGGUGGAAAGUGAUGAUCUGUCAAUCCUCACUGCUCGGGUCAUGUAGAAUUGACCCGGACACCAAAGGGAUAUAUAGGGAGGAAUGAUUUCUGGAAUGAAAAAACACGCAUUGGGAC